AUGUUUCAUAAUCUCUCUGUACGGGAACAAACGACUAUAAAUGACUUGGAAAAUAAUCAUGAUAUCACCAUCAAACCAGCAGACAAGGUAGGAGCAGUAGUUGUAAUGAACACCCAGGACUACAUAAAAGAGGGUGACAGGCAACUGUCAGAUGACAAAUACUAUAGAAAACUAAAUGAAGAUCCCACCAAGGAAUAUACAUCCCAACUUAGGGAACUAAUUAGAUUCUUCCCUGAGAAUCUGCAUCUAGAACUGCAAUCCCUCAUACCAACUAGUCCCUACAUGGGCACUUUCUAUAUGCUUGCCAAAAUCCACAAAGCAG